AUGAUUUUCGAGCUUCUAGCCGGCGCUGCGGUCGCCUGGGUGGCGUGGAGUCUCGUGUGCCUCGAGAUCAACGUGCGCAAGGGCCGGGCCAUCAAUGUGCCCGUGAAGCGGCUCCCCAUCGAUCCGUACAACAUCGCGUGGCUCAUAUUCCAGGACUUUCUGUGGAUGGUGAUCGGCCGGCUGCCCAUCGAGUGGUCUUCGUUGCCCGACGCCGUCCGCUUCUCGCGCCGCGGCUGGCAGUUCCACGAAAAGGCCAACAUGCACGUGCGCCUCGGCCCCGUCUUCGCCCUCGCCACCCCCAGGGUCCUGUUCCUGCUCGUUGCCGACCCGGAAGCCGCCGAGGACAUCUUUGCGCGGCGUAGGGACUUUCUCCGCCCCGUCGCCGACUACAAAAUCCUCGAGGUGUACGGCCCGUCCGUCUCGACGGCCGGCUCGCACGACUGGGCGCGCCACCGCAAGGUCCUCUCGGCGCCCUUCAGCGAGAGCUCCAUGCCGUUUGUGUGGGGGGAGUCGCUGCGGCAGGGCCGGGCUACGCUGCAGUCGUGGACGCGCGCGUCUGCGGCCGGCGUGCCCAGCAUCCAGAAGGACACGCGCACGCUGUCGCUCAACGUGCUGGCGUCGAUCGGCAUGCGCAGGUCGUUCCCGUUCCACGGCUCCGCCGACCCGCCGCAGGCCGCCAGCGAGGCCAACAACUACCGCGACUCGCUGCAGACGGUCCUCGACAACAUCAUCCUGCUGCUCAUGGUCCCCUACCGCUUCCUGACCCACCCCGCCAUGCCCAGGAGCUGGACUCGCAUCGGCCACGCCGGCGCCGCCUUCAGGGCCCACCUGCAGCACAUGGUCGACGCCGAGACCCAAGCCCGCAGCCAAGGCUGGCCCGGGUCCGGCGGCCUCGUCACGGGGCUCGUGCAGGCCCUCGAAGUCCACCAGCGCGAGGUGGCCGCCGGCACGCCCGCCGCCGACCGCAAGGGCCUGUCGCUCGACGAGAUCAUCGGCGACCUGUUCGUCAUCAACUUCGCCGGCCACGACACGACGGCCAACACGCUCGCCUUCGCCCUGCUGCUGCUCGUCGCACACCCCGAGAUCCAGACGUGGGUCGCCGAGGAGCUCACCGCCGUGCUUGGCGACUCGCCGGCCGCCGAAGGGCAGUGGGACUACAAGACCGUGUACCCGCGGCUGAAGCGGUGCCGGGCCGUGCUGCUCGAGACGCUGCGGCUGUUCCCGCCCGUCAUCGCCAUCCCCAAGUGGACGCCGGGCGCACCGCACACGCGCCUGCGCGUGCGCGACCAGACCCUGAUCAUCCCCGCCGGCACGCUCGUGCAGCCGCAGAUCGUGGCCCUGCAGAGACACCCAGCCUUCUGGCCCGACCCGGACGCGUGGCUGCCCGGGCGCUGGAUCGUGAGCUCGCCAGAAACUGGUGGCGAACAGCUCUACGAGCCGUCCCGCCUCAUCUACCUGCCCUGGUCCCACGGCCCCAUGAACUGCUCCGGCAAGAAGCUGUCCGAGGUCGAGUUCGUCGCCGUGCUGGCCUGUCUGCUGCACCGCCACCGCCUCGGCGCCGUCAAGCUGCGCCCUGCCGAGAGUGAUAGAGAGGUGCGCAAGCGCGUGCUGGCGGUUGCCAAUGACGUGGAUAUGCCCAUGCUCAUCAAAAUGCGCGAUGCCGACCGCGUGCGCGUCGUCUGCACCGAGGCUUGA